AUGCCUCAUUGGCAACGAGUGACUGAUAUGGAAGCCAGAGUUGUGGAAAGUAAAAACUCAGCCUUUUCUGUAGGGACUGUUGUUCUGGCUUUUUCAGGCUGGACAACACACUCCAUUUCUGAUGGGAAAGAACUGGAAAAGCUGCCAACAGAGUGGCCAGAUACAUUACCACUGUCUUUGGCUCUGGGGACAGUUGGCAUGACAGGCCUAACAGCCUACUUUGGCUUACUUGAUAUCUGUGGUGUAAAGGGUGGAGAAACAGUGAUGGUUAAUGCAGCAGCAGGAGCAGUGGGAGCUGUUGUUGGACAGAUAGCUAAACUCAAGGGCUGUAAAGUGGUUGGAGCAGCUGGGUCUGAUGACAAGGUUGCCUACCUUAAACAGCUUGGAUUUGAUGUUGCCUUUAACUACAAGACAGUAGACUCUUUGAAAGACACUUUGAAAAAAGCAUCUCCUGAUGGUUAUAAUUGCUAUUUUGAUAAUGUGGGUGGAGAGUUUUCAAAUACUGUUAUCCCCCAGAUGAAAAAAUUUGGAAGAAUUGCGAUAUGUGGGGCCAUUUCUACGUAUAACAGUACUCGUCCACUACCCCCAGGCCCACCCCCAGAGAUUGUCAUCUAUCAGGAACUCCGCAUGGAAGAGUUCAUCGUCAUCCGCUGGCAAGGGGACGUACGCCAGAAGGCUCUGAAAGACUUGAUGAAAUGGGUCUUAGAGGGUAAAAUCAAAUACUGCGAAUACAUCAAAGGAGGAUUUGAAAACAUGCCAGCUGCAUUUAUGGGAAUGCUGAAAGGAGAGAAUUUGGGGAAAACAAUAGUGAAGGCAUGA